AUGGUAUAUAUUCUUCUAAACGCUGUGCACUGCUUGCUGAAGCUUGUCAUUGUCAUAGUGUCCGCACUCGUCGUGAUCACCCAGAAAUAUCUUACCACUUUCUCGAGCGGCAGUCUCACCAAUGCCCGUUAUCUCUUUCCCAUUCCCGAAGGCGCGUCUGUGUGCGCUUUCAAGAUGGAGCUUACCAAUGGUAGCGUCGUCUCCGGUGUUGUCAAAGACACGGAGAAGGCCAAGAAGGUAUUCCAGGACGCGGUCUCCCAAGGCGAAUGGGCUGGCCUCGCAUACGAGAUCACUGCUGACGUGUUUGCAAUCUCUGUCGGCGCCAUCCCCGCCGGACAAGACGUCACGGUCAAGAUCACUUAUGCGACCACGGUUCCCGACGACGAAUCCAUCCUCCUCAACCAGAUCCGCUUCGCUAUUCCGACGUUCAUUGGAAAGAAGCGAUACGGGACUGCUCCUCCGGAACUGUCCCAAGGACGCUCCAGCGACGACUCCGCAACACUGUCGUUCAAUGCGACCGUUCAGCUUACAUCGAAGAUCAUCGGUAUCACCUCUCCCUCCCACGAGAUCGACGUCGAGCCUUCGACGAGGAUCCAGUCGAGGCCGGCGCCACUCUACAGCACCACCGUCAAGCUUCGCAAGCCAGCCCCGUUCGACCGAGACCUAGUUAUCUCUAUCCAAGCGGAGAAACUGGACGCUCCGCGAUGUGUAGCGGAGGUCGACGAGAAGGCCCGAACUGUGGCUCUGUCUUUGACCACGGUCCCUCGUUUUGGUGCUCCUACCGUAGAAUCCCAGGAGUACGUGUUCCUCAUCGACCGGAGCGGAAGUAUGCGGGACGAGUAUCGCAUGGAUUAUGCGAAGGAUGCGCUUCACCACCUCAUCAAGAAUCUCCCCACCUCCAACACGCUCUUCAACAUCGUCUCUUUUGGCAGCAAGCACUCAUCACUUUGGGGGGCGAGCAUUGCAUAUGAGCGCCGGGCGGUACAGGAAGCGGAGGUGUAUAUUGAUGGCAUGCGCUCCGACAUGGGCGGCACUGAGAUUAGCUCAGCUCUGGGUUGGAUAUUCAGAAAUCGUCAGCAAAAUACGCCCAUGUCGGUGAUUGUGUUGACAGACGGAGAGGUAUGGGAACCGGAGCAAGUCAUCGCGCUCGUCGGCAGCGAGGUCAAAGGUGCUUCCCCUGACAGCCCUCUGCGCGUAUUUACCCUCGGUAUCGGUUCGGGCGCGUCUACUGUGUUAUGCGAGGGCAUCGCACGGGUCGGGAAAGGUGUGUGUUAUAUGACGACAACCAACGAGGAGAUCAAAGAGCGCAGCAACAAGCUCCUCCAGGCUGCGCGCACGCUCUCGCACGGCUCUGCGUCUGGUAUCACAAUUGACUGGGGCUACCAUUCCCCGCCAUCCGUGGUGAAGGCAGACGCAGAGCCAAAAUUUGUCUUACCUCCUCUUCCGGCGGUGCUCCAGGCUCCACCCUGCAUCCCGAACCUCUACCCGGGGAACCGAUUCAUUGUUUCCGCUAUUCUGACGGAUACUGUGGAGAUCCCUCAAGUGGUCAAACUCUCUGGAGUACUGCCCGAUGGUAGCGCGGUGCACCUGCCUCCGUUCAAGGUCGCAUAUACGAUAGCAAAUCCGGACGAGCGUCCGCCGCUCCUACACACGCUCGCUGCGCAUCGCAUCAUCCGCACGCUCGAGGACGGAGAUAUCGGCGCGUUUGGUCUCAACGAUGGCGGGAGCAAUGACAUGCACGAUGAGAUAGUGCAGACCGCCGUCGUGGAGUACGGGACGAAGUACUCACUUGCCACAAGGUUCACGUCGUUUGUGGCUGUGAGGGACCGAGCCAAGCGGCUCCAGCCACAUUCAGAACGAACACUGCCUGCCAGUGAGUCCCUUACUCUCGACAGCCCAGCAUAUAACUAA